CUUGACCACCAAGACAGACCUUCGCGCUCGUCCUCCAUCGACCUCUGUUGGCGUUGGGCAUGCGAGUUGGCUUCAGCCGAACUCUGCCUUCUCUUCGAUUUCCCCUUCUUCCUGCUCGUCCCGCUCCUCUGGUCAGAAUGGCGUUCGCCUCCUCUUCCUCUUCAUCAACAGCUGCGACGCCGCCGCCGCGCUCAUAUGCGUCGGCCAUUGAGGCGCUCAAUACCCUGCAGUCAAAUGCUGCCACGAUCGCUGCGACGAGGGCAGCUGGUGGGAAGUAUAAUGACUGGCUCAUACCAGAGAUGGUCGAAUAUCUUGAGAGGGCAGGACAUUCGCAGCAGGAGCUUGACCGGCUUAAUGUCAUCCACAUCACCGGCACCAAGGGAAAGGGAAGCACUGCUGCCUUUUCCAAUUCGCUCCUCCUCAAGGCUCUUGCCGAUCAGGAGAAUGGCGAUGGUACUGUAUCCACGCCUGGACCGAAAGUGGGACUAUAUACAAGCCCGCAUAUGCUUCUGGUUCGCGAGCGCAUCAGGCUCGACGGCAUGCCCAUCGAUGAGGAGACGUUCACUCGAGCCUUCUGGCGCAUCUGGGAUGCCUUUGAGGCGACGGCAGAUCAGCGAGCACGCCCAGAGGUGACCCCUGCUCGGCCCGUCUACUUCAAGUUCCUGACUGUACUCGCGCUGCACAUCUUCCUCUCUAUGCCGUCAAUACGUGCCGUCAUCCUAGAGGUAGGCAUCGGAGGCAGGUAUGACUCCACGAACAUUGUACCCAAGCCGGUAGCCUGUGGAAUCUCUACCCUCAGCUUGGAUCAUCAAGUCAUCCUGGGCAAUUCCAUUGAGGAGAUUGCUUCGCAAAAGGCCGGCAUAUACAAGCGGGGAGCGCCGGCUAUCAGCGUGGCCCAACCCUUCAAGCAGACGGAGGCGGUACUACGAAAGGCGGCGGAAGACGUGGGCGCGAAGGAGCUCAAGGUCUUGCCGGAGGUUGCGGAGAGUCCAGUGUCGUCAAUACGACUCGGCCUCCCCGGGCCACAUCAGGUCAGCAAUGCUCAGCUGGCGCUGAACCUCGUUGACUGCUAUCUGAAAGCGCAGGGCAUCGCCAAGUCGGUCUGGAAGGAUGACGGCUCGCCGUCGGAAUGGGCUACGGAUGCAUUGGCUUCAGCUCGCUGGCCAGGCCGAUGUCAGAUCGUUCCAACCUCAUCCGCGACUUUUUACCUCGAUGGCGCUCACACUUCCGACUCGCUAGCGCUCUGCGCCCAAUGGUGGCAGUUAGAGUCGCCCGCCUCAGCCAGCGACGUGGAGCGCACGCUCAUCUUCAACUGCACGAACGGACGCAACGCGAAUGAGCUCCUGUCGGCUAUCCUAUCCGCCGUGGCGAACGGAGCGUCGUACUUUACUCGUAUCGUCUUCUGCACCAAUAUCCCGUAUCGCCCGGGCGCCAGGUCAGGAGGCGAUCUGACGAACAACAUGGUUGACUCGAAUGAGGUGCAAAGCCUGUCGGUGCAGCGUGAUCUGCAGUCAGCGUGGGCUCAGCUUGUCAAGCCAGCUGCGGUGGACAAUGUGCACGUCUUGCCGUCCAUUGAGGAUGCCCUUGAUACCUUCAAGGGGCCGUCGUCUCUCAAGAGGCAGCAUGUUAUGGUCGCGGGUAGUCUGCAUCUCGUCGGCGGAGUGAUGAGCCAUCUGAAGGACGCCGGAGCGCUGGAUGAGAAGUUGGAGGCGGUGCAGGCGUGAGUGACGUAGGGAGGAGCUAAUCAGCAUGGAAGAGUAGAUGUCAAACUUGUACAACAUAGAAGCAGACGCAAGCAACAGGAUAAUCGUAUGGUCGAUUGAUACAUGCA